UGGGUUCAUCGGCAUUCGUUUGGUGGCUGUGUACGAGAGCUAAUGUCGUCGUGCUAGAACGGAUUAACGCGCUGCGCGCUGUGAAUUGGUUCAACCAACUAAUACCAACAAACGAACCGACACACACACAUACGAGCGUCAAAGAGGCAGCCACAGUAGACGAGACGGGUCGUGAAAGUGAAUAGCAGUUUUGGUGACUUGAAAGGGGACGGCGGCGGCGGCGUACGAAAGCGAAUGUGAAAAGUGAAAUUAAUUUUUGUCUGCGACUUUGUUGAAGUUGAAAUUCGUAAUCGGAACGCGGCGGCUGGCGGUGGUGGCGCUAAUGGUGUCGGAUUGACGGUCGUUAGAGCGUGCACGAAACAAAAAAAAAAACACCAACAACAACAACAGCAACGCGUAAAAGUCAUAACGAACGUUAUAAAAUGAAAUGUACGAGCCUGUCAAUGAGGGUCGGCAGUGAAGCAACUUCGCACGAAAUAAUUCACUAGAAUAUCACCAGCGACAACAGCGACAACAGCACCAACCACAUUGUAACGACGAGCGCAAAAUGCAACAACAACAAGUACACUUCAACGCGCUCCUCCCAUGACAUAUGUACAAUAAGCUAACGAGUUCUAUAGAUAUAUAUAUAUAUACAUACGCAUACAACAACUACAACAAUAUCGCUCAUAACGGCCAGCCACGAGAUAUUAUCACGUAUGACCGCCAACUCAGCCAUAUCACAGCGCGGCACAACAACAAAAACACGAUAAUGUUGUGCAAAGCAAAAGGAAGUAGCAGUCGAGGCAAACGAAAAGCGCUUGAGAGAAGUAGGAGCAGUAGCAGCAGCGGCAGCGAAAGUGGGAGUGGUAGUGCCGCGAUAAGUCAUCGGUGGACGGAUAGUUGCACGUUGCUACUUUUAGUCAUACUCACAUUGACGCACAUUCCCAGCGCGAGGUGUAAGCGAAAAGAAAUGGCCGCCGGUCGUUUGGAGAAUGUCACACAAACUAUUUCGAAAAUCCUCCAAGGUUACGACAUACGACUGCGUCCGAAUUUCGGCGGUGAGCCAUUGCACGUGGGUAUGGAUCUCACAAUUGCCAGCUUUGAUGCCAUAUCAGAAGUAAACAUGGACUACACCAUCACCAUGUAUUUAAACCAGUACUGGCGAGAUGAGCGUCUAGCCUUCAACGCAUAUGGACCAUACUAUGACGACGAUGCAGACGACGAUGGCGUCAAUGAUGUGCUGACGCUCUCUGGCGACUUCGCAGAGAAAAUUUGGGUACCCGACACUUUUUUUGCGAACGACAAAAAUAGUUUCUUACAUGACGUCACCGAGCGCAACAAACUGGUGCGCUUGGGUGGCGAUGGCGCUGUCACCUAUGGCAUGCGCUUCACAACAACACUCGCCUGCAUGAUGGAUUUGCACUAUUAUCCGUUGGAUUCGCAAAAUUGUACAGUGGAAAUUGAGAGUUAUGGCUACACUGUUAGCGAUGUGGUGAUGUACUGGAAGCCCACACCGGUGCGCGGUGUCAUGGAUGCCGAGCUGCCACAGUUCACCAUAAUCGGUUACGGUACGAAUGAUCGUAAAGAGCGUUUAGCCACUGGUAUAUAUCAGCGGUUGUCGCUCUCUUUCAAAUUACAACGGAAUAUUGGUUAUUUUGUAUUUCAAACAUAUCUGCCAAGCAUAUUGAUUGUGAUGCUCUCGUGGGUGUCCUUCUGGAUCAACCAUGAGGCGACGAGUGCGCGCGUCGCAUUAGGGAUAACCACCGUGCUCACUAUGACUACAAUAAGCACCGGUGUGCGCAGUUCCUUGCCAAGGAUAUCGUAUGUCAAAGCCAUUGACAUUUAUUUGGUGAUGUGCUUCGUGUUCGUUUUCGCUGCCCUGCUUGAGUACGCAGCUGUCAAUUACACGUAUUGGGGCAAGCGAGCCAAGAAAAAAGUGAAAAAGUCCAAAGAUGGUGAAGGCAGAAAAACAGGCAAGGGCGAUAAAUCCGAAACGUGUUCAACAGCCGAUGACAUCAUCGAAUUGCAGGAUGUGCGCAUGAGUCCUAUACCCUCAUUGCGUAAAGGCAACUACAAUAGCACGCUCGGCUCCAUAGGCACCGAAACUGUGGACCUGGCAAAGUUUCCACCGAGCUUUAGAAUUACGCGCAAUUAUGGCACAAAUCGUACACAUUUGCGUUAUAGAAGCCAAAAAGGCAAACCACGCAUGCUGCAUGCGCUGAAACGGGGCGCUUCGGCCCUCAAAGCAACUAUACCGAAAAUCAAAGAUGUUAACAUUAUCGACAAAUAUUCACGCAUGGUGUUCCCAGUCAGCUUUUUAAUCUUCAAUCUGGGCUACUGGCUGUUCUACAUUCUGGAAUGAUAGCAUCUGCUGACACUUCACGCCAAAUAGGAGGAACCCUAGUUAGUGUGCAGUGUACAAGUAAAAUUAAAUACCUGAAAAUUCGAAAUCUACCACGUAACCAAAAGCCAUGGCACAAUAAAAUGCACAACAAACUGCGCAAAGAAACCCAAUGUGAACGAGUCCAAUCAAAAUUAUGUAAAAGCAAAUUGAAUCAAAGAAAUGUCGCCAAAAAUUAACCAAAUGUGUCCUCAAAUGAAUAAAAAUUAAAACAAUUGUGUAGAUGAGCGCCAAAUUAACUGCUAUCUAAAGCAAAUUAGAGCAACAACACUAACCUAAACUGUCAGUACGAGCCCUUUAAAAUUAAAAAAAAAAAUAAAUAAAAAAAAAAUUAAAAAAAUGUUAUAUCAGAAAAAGCACGAUUUCAUUGCCACUUCGAUGGAUGUGUUUGUGAAUCUUAUAAAAGUUCAAACAGAAACUAACAUAGUCAAUGAAAAGUUGGGAUUAGUACUUAAUGUGACCCUUAGCUAUAACGAAAUAAGAAAAUUACUUACGUACAUACCUACAAUAUAAAUUCUUACCAACGUUUAGUUUAAGUUAGCAACGAAUUAGGAAGUCCAAACGAAUGAAUGAAUGUUUUAGGAAACACCAAGUCGAAAACUUGGCAUGGAAAAUUUAAUUACGAAUACUAAUACCUAUAUGUAUGAAUUAAAUUGAAAGCUUGAAACUGGGACCGCAAAUAAUGAUUUUGAUUUUUCAGAUUUAUAUCAAAUUGAUUAAUCAAUGUUAAAACAAUAAUGACUUUAGAUUUUUUACUUGCUUUACAAGAGUCUCGAUACGAUACCUAAGGGGUUAUAUAAGGGGUACAUACAGUUAGAAGGCCUAAAAUUACGAAAUUUUCAAAAUUUUUCUGAGGAAACUUACAAAUUUAUUUAUCCAACAAUUUUAACAUAUAUUGUGGUAUCUUUUAACUGUAUUUUAGGAAUUAGUAUUAGUAAAAAUAUUUAUUUAGAAGGGAACUACAGCCGAUUUCCGGGCGUUCCUCUCAAAAAAGACGUUUUGUGGUGACUACUAUAUCUCUGAACUGGAUCCUUUGAAAUUAAAAAACCAAACAGAUUUCGUGAAAGUAAUGUUAAAUCUUAUAAAGAAAACCGAAGGAAUAAGCAAAAUGAAAGUUCUUGACCGUUUCUCAAAAAAAAAAAAAAACGAUUUUUGAUCAAAUUUCGGCCUUAAAUUGUUUAAAAAAAAGUAUUUUUCGGUGAGGAAAAAUUUUCGAAUAAUUGCCAAACAAAAUCAUUCCAGAAGCUAAUCAGUUUAGCCGCUUUCGAGUAAUGUUGGUCACAGGCUUUGAAAACACCAUUUUGAGAAAAACGUCUUUAAACUUGGGCCUUGUACUUCCAAGCACUGGGAAACGUCUUUCUAAGUUGGCGUGCAACUUCGAAAAUGUUCACCGGAACAAAAUGAAGGUUUCUAUGAAAAUUCUUACAUAUUCUACAUUAAGAAGGUAAAAUAAAAAAAAAACGGUUUUUUUUUUUAAUUCUAGCUGUAUAUAAUCUCUUAAAAAAUGCAAAAUCUCCAAAUAUUGGCCAAUCCAGAAGGAACAUUUGAGUAUCGAAACAAACUAAGAACUCUGAUUCAGAUUCGACAUGGUAUGAAAAAAAUCGGCCUUUUUUAAAGCAACAAUAAUAUUUAUUCAAUAUGAAAAUAGAUAUGAAGGAAAAUAACGGUAAAAAUACAUUCAAGGUCCGAAUAAUUUAACAACAAACAUCCAAAAAAUAUAGAAAAAUUCAUAACACGUUUCUUUUCAUAACGGUCCCUAGUUUAGAGCACAUAACCAAUUGGAACAAACAUUUAACACUUUUUUAAACAUAAGUAUAACUCAUAUCCUAGGUGGCAACCCCAAAAUCAAGAUUUGCUGUUAGCGUGUAAUUAGUGUAAGCGUACAGUUAGUUGGGAAUUAUGUGAGAAGUGAAGUAGUUACAUACGGUUAGGCAGACAGUUUUGGAAAUGGCAAAACAAAAAGACCUAAUUUUUAGACCAGACACUAAGAUAAACUGUUAGAAGUCUACAAAUAAAUUAAUAUUUGAAAUUUGAGAUGAAUAAACGUGCAUAUGAUAUUUUA